AUGCAUGGUGUUUAUGGGAAGUUCAAGCAGCAGCGCGACUCCCUCCAAGCCGAGAUCAGUCGUCGCGGCACAGAGAUAGCCUCCCUGCGCUCCGACGGCGAGGGGCUGCAUUUGCAGAUCGAGGCGCUGACCUCGGACGUGUCCGCCGGCAAAGAGCUGCUGGAGAGGAAGAGGGUGAAGAAGAGGAGGUGGAAGACUCUCCAAAUGCAGCAGCAGCAGCAGUGCGAUUUCCUGCGUUCCUCCCUGGAGGAGAGGGAGAGGAUGAUUUCGGAGCUAGCUGCCAGACUGGAACCACUGGAGGUGGAUGUGACCGUACUCAUGGCUGACAGGGGGAGACGAAGCAGCGGCCUGGGCGACGAUGGGGAGGACAUCUCCGUCUCGUCAGACCAGGGUGGCGAUAUCGACGUCAUGGCUGAGCAGCAGUCCUGGGAUGAAGUUGCAUCGCUCAUCCUGGAGCUGUCGGCCAGGUUGGAGCAGCAGCAGCGGGCAGUGGAGGCGGCUCGUAGGGAGUACGAAACAGCCCGGGCGUCCUUUUACGAAUCGCCCACGGAGGAAAGCCGGAAGACAGUGCUGUUGGGCAUUGAGGCUGUCCUGGCCAAGCUCCGAGUUGAGAGGGCUGAGACGGAGGCGGACCUCAGCCGGCUCCGAGACCGCCAGGUGACCAUUCAGGGCCGGAUUGCGGCGUACGAGAAUGCGGCCUUCAAGAGGAGGAUGAGGGCGCUGGAGAGGAGGACCGGCAAGGGUCUCCUCGACCAGCAGUCCGCCGCCUCCACGGUGGCCCAGAACCGGGCAGCUAGGCUGGAGAUGGACUACAUCAAGACUGAGGCGGAGAUGAGAGACCUGGCGGACAAGCUGAAGAAGACCAUCGAGUACAAGGUUGAGUUGGAGCGGCAGGUGGCCCAGUACAAGAACAUGGUGGGCUUCCUGCAGGCGGAGGUGUCCUCGCUGAGCAGGGAGAGGGACGCCCUCAAGGCCAAUCUGCAGGAGGUGGACGGCAAGAUUGAGCGGCUCACCUCGGAUGUGGCGGAGGCGCAAUCCGCUGUCGGCGUCACCAGCAAGAGAUUGGAGGCCAAGUAUGAGGCUGAGAAGCGGGAGGCACUCGCCCAGGCUAUGGAUCGACAGAAGCAGCUGGAGACGAAAGUGGCGGUGUGUGAGGCCAGGAUUAAGGAGUUGGACACGGUGUGCAACUUUGCUACUGAGGCCUUACGUCGCUUCCUAGCCGCCCACCUGCAACAACUGGAGCUAUCCCUGCCGCCCAGCUUCCUUUGGCACAUCAACCGACCGCCGCCGUUACAAUUCGCACUGCUGGCCUGCAGCGGAAAGGCGGCGGCGGCGGCGGCCGACGGCGGUGGGCAUGGCCGCGGCGGCAGCGCCGGUAGCAUCGGCAGCAGCCUUUCCGCUGUCGGCGGCGGCCCGCCGCCGCCGCCGUCAAUGUCGGUGGCGCUCGGAAAAGUGCGCUACAUCACAAACUUUGAUUUUGAAUGCGAUACAGUUCUGGGCUUCAUGGCGAGCUGUUGGUCGUUCGACGUAACGCUCGUGACCAUCAGCCAGAUCUACGUGGACAAACUGCAGGCGGAUCUAAGAGCGGAGGAUGGUUUGCUUGGCGGUGUUGCAGGACCUCGGCACAGCCUCGAGUCCGUGAUGUACGAGUUUUUCACCGUACGGUACGGCUGCCGUCAGGCUUCGGAGUUGCACCUGGGUGCCUUCCUGGCAGCCGUACGGAAGUACCGCAUCCAACACGCCAAGGUCCGUACCUUCGCCCGGCUGAUUGGCCUUCCCGAGCCUCCCCCGUCCACCCCCACCUCUAUCGUGAUGGAGGCUGAGGACCCACUGAACCAUGGGCCACUGCCUCCCCCCGCUGUGGAGUUCUACCUGUCACUGCUCAACCGGGUUCACGCCCGCGCGGGCCCACUGAUCGCUGAGGCGGCGGAGGGCUUUUCCCUGGUCAAGUCGAAGGUGCUGUCACGCAUGGCCCGGGAGUUCCUGAGGGGGUCGUACAGCACCACACGGGAUGACGUGGCGGCGACCUCGGACUACAUACGGCAUAUGGCUCUCAACGACGACGAGAAGGCCAUUGAUUUGGAGCUGGCGCUGGAGGUCAUGUUGCGAUCAUUCGUACUGCAGUACAACGACGACCUGGAGUUGUUGUGCGCCACCUUCCGCUCGUCCUUCGAAGUGGGAGCAGCCGCCUCCUCUGCUGCCGCCGGCAGCGGCAACAACCAGACCUCCUCCAUGUCGACGGCAACGUCUCCGCCCGCAGUCCGUCGUCUGGUGACGCCAGACGACCUGACGAUGUUCCUUAGACAGGUCAACGCGGAGAAGGCGGCGGCGCUGCCGCCGCAGCGCGUGGUUGCGCUGUAUGUGGAGGCGUGUCGUGCAGCCGGGCCGUACAGUGAAAACCUCGGACGGGAAAUUUGCCGGGCGGUGCUGAACAGCGGGUUUGUGGGUAUCUCGACCCACGUGACUCGCCACGAGCCCAUGCGCGCCCUGCCGCCGUACGACGAGUUUGAGCUUCUGGAGGAGAGUUGGCGGCUGAUGCGUGUGGCGGUGGAGCAGCAAGUGGCCGUGAUCAAGUCGCACUCCGAGAUUAAAUGCGAUGUGCUGUCGUACAUUGACCUAGCUCGGCGAGUGGACGAGCUCAUUGGGGGCCGUGAAGCUGCUCUUCCCGCCUGGACGACCUACCGCCGCCUCAUGACCACCUACUGCGGAUUGAGGGAGGCGGUGGACGCAGUUCUGCCCUUCGACCCGCCCAUCAAUACAUCACGUCGGGGCGCAAGGCCAGGACACGGCGGGUCGGGAACGGCCGACGGGACCGCGGACGGGGAGAGGAGUACUGGACAUGGAGGCGGUGGGGAGGGCGGUGGCGGUGGCGGUGGAGGAGAGGAAGGGGGUGACCAUCAGAGCGGCGACGAGGGGGCCGAGGCCUCUGGGGGAGGUUCGUCCAGGGACAUCUCGCCGCUGGCCCGCCGUGGCCGCAGCCUGCGCAACAUCAGCCACAAGAGCAUGGGCGCCGCUCUCAGUCGGAGCAGCUCCUCGGGUGACCUGGUGCCCGGGGGACCGGGAGGCGGAGGGGAGGGGGGGGGGGCACAGACCGGGGAGGUGCGGCGAGUGGGCAAGCUGCUGUUGCCGCGAGGCGCAACCAUGAACCACGAGGGAGGCCCCACCACCACCACCACCACCACCAUUACCAGCUCAGUCAGCGGUCCGGUUCGCGGCCCUUCUCAUGGACAGUCGCGAAACCUGCUGCCACUCAGCGCCCGGACACCUGGCCCGGAUGGCGAUGGCGGCGGCGACAGCUCCGGGCCCGAGCAGCUGAACGCCUCCCUCAUAAAGCUGCAGUUCAACAGCGGGGGGAAGAAGCCCCGAGGCUAGAUGCUAACAGCGUGAGGUGGUGUGUCUGUUCGUUCAUAACGGUAUGACUUCACACACGACGUAGUCCUCCUGUUUCGCGCUUGGUGGAGGUGGUUGGGUUGGGUUGGGGACGGAAGGUGGGUGCAGUGUUGUAUGCGGAAGGGAAGGCGGAUGGGGGGGAAAGGUGGGAGAGUUG